AUGUCGACUAAAAUUGACGUUUGUCUAGAUUAUAACAUUGUUCAACAAGUUGCUAAUGACAUCGAAUCUCAAUUGUCAGAGGGCAAGGAGGUACCAACGAGCAUCAAAUCUGGACUAGAAUUGGCUCAUGGUACAGAUACCGUCACGGUGGAGAGUGACAUUACCGUUGGACAAGCGGUGACAAUCACAUCAGCUAAGGGAACAAUCACCAACGAUGUAAUCCCAAUCACUCCUGUCGAGGUGACAGUCUCAUCAACCAUUGAGACCAUCAUCAGCAGUGUAGCUGCUGCCUCAAAUGGCCAGGAUCUCCAUACUGGAGAGAUUGGGGUCAGAGAUGCAACACCAGUCAAACAGGAUGUUGAGAGCACCCCUGUUGAAGACAAGAGCGCAUCGAUUGGUGAAAGUGGCACUGGAGGUGUGGAUGCCACUUCUGAAACACAGAGUGCCUCUAGCGAAGACUCCAGCACUGCAUCCGAGAACGGCAGCAGAGGCACUUGGGACAAUCAGGUCGAUUUCCUGCUCUCGUGUCUCGGCUAUGCUGUUGGUUUGGGAAACGUGUGGAGGUUUCCAUACCUGUGCUAUGAAAAUGGAGGAGGGGCAUUUCUGAUUCCAUAUGCCACGAUGUUGCUCUUGGCCGGACUUCCAAUGUUCUUUAUGGAACUAUGUCUUGGUCAGUUCACCAGCAGUGGACCAUGGAAGAUGUCACCGAUGUUCCGAGGCAUGGGAUAUGGUAUGGUGAUGAUUUCCGCGUGUAUAGGACUUUACUACAACGUAAUCGUAACAUACACGUUGUAUUACAUGUUUGCGUCCUUCACCACGAUGCUGCCGUGGGUGGGCUGCAACAACUCAUGGAACACGGACAUGUGCAACGGCUUCUACGACGAAUGUCUGAGCAAAGGGGACAGUAUUAUGACGGUGAACAACACAUGCGUGGCAGUGGCGUCUAUGUCGGAGGAUAUGCUGGAGUAUUAUGGCGUCAAGUAUAGUGCCAUCUCGGGGCUAUUGGACUUGUCCAACUACACUGACCCUCUUCAGGGUCAGAGGAGACUCCCGAGUGAAGAGUAUUUCAAGAAUGCUGUUCUUCACGAGGCCCCUGGUAUUGGUCAGGUGGGAUCGAUUGUGUGGCCUCUCAUGGGCUGCCUGAUCUUCGCUUGGGUCAUCAUCUACAUCUGUUUACGAAGGGGCAUCAAAUCAUCCGGAAAAGUGUGGUUGGAUGCAGCUGUUCAAAUCUUCUUUUCCCUGAGCACAUCAUGGGGUGGGUUGCUAACGUUGUCCUCCUACAACCGGUUCCGCAACAACUGCUGCUUCGACGCAAUGUUUAUUGCCAUUGCCAACUGCCUCACCAGUGUGCUCGCAGGAUUUGUGAUCUUCUCAAUCAUCGGAUUCAUGGCACAUGAGUUGGGAAAAGAAGUCAGUGAAGUCGUAGACCAAGGCUUUGGUCUUGCCUUCAUUGCCUACCCUGAGGCCCUGACUAGGCUACCGGCUGCUCCUGUCUGGUCUGUCUUGUUCUUCUUCAUGCUGCUGACUUUGGGCCUGGACACACAAUUCACCAUCAUGGAGACCAUAGUCACCUUCAUCACCGAUGUAUUCCCAGACCUGCGGGUGAAAAAACCAAAAGUUCUCCUGGCGAGCUGUUCUAUUAUGUUUCUUGCUUCGCUUAUCUGUGUCACGGAGGCUGGGGUGUUCUGGGUCAAUUUGUUGGAUUCAUACUCAGCAAGCUUCGUCAUUCUCACCUUCGCCACAAUGGAGUGCAUCGUCAUAUGUUGGGUGUAUGGCUACGACCGAUUCAAGGGAGACAUCAGGAUCAUGAUCGGCGAAAGAAGGGUCAACAGCAUGUUCUUCAACUACUGGCGGGUCUGCUGGUGCUUCCUUACCCCUGUUGUCCUGACCUUGGUACAGUUGUACAGCUUCGUCAACUGGGAGGCGCCAUCUUACAAUGGGGAAUUUCCAGGCUGGGCGCACAUCAUCGGUUGGGCGAUUACUGGUUCGACCUUCAUCUUGACUCCUAUCUUCAUCUUGGUGGAGAUCAAGAAUGCAUCGGGAACAUUUCUUGAGCGCCUUCGAUUCAUCAGCCGUCCGACAGCAGAGUGGGGCCCAAGGAAGGAGAGGCAUCGUAACUUGGUGCCAUAUCUGAAGAAUGAGACAUCCUCCUGCAGAGAUGCUUCUGGAAAGUCACCGCCCCAAAUGAUAGAUCUUAUACACGAGAUCUAAGGGGUAAGGCGUCGUCCCGGGGGUGAGGUGAUAAAGCCCCAGGGACAUAAGUAGGAUUUGUCUUUAAAUACGAAGUAUCAAAUUAACAAGUUGCUGCUUAAAAAUCAAAAUACGAACAAAAAUGUCGAAAGAGCAACUUGAAUACAAGAAAACGACAACUGUCUAAAAUGCUGGGUAAAAGAAAUGGACAAAAUGUCAAUGAAGAUCGCAUGAAAAUUCAAACUGAAACGACAAUUGAUAAAAUUCUGAAGGAAUUCACAAAAACAGCAAUGAGAAAAAAUGCUAAUUAAGACGGCAAUAGAAUUAUCAAUGAAGAAACAUUCCAUUUAACGGCAAUGGACAAAAUUCUGGCGAAAUUGGCAAUGGACAUAAUUGCUGAAGAAAAACCUAUGGAUUAAAAUGCAAAGUAAACGACAAUAGAUAAAACACUGAUAAAAAUUCAAGGACAAAAAAAAAAUGGCACUGGUCAUAUGCUUAUAAAAACGCUGUAGACUAAAAAUGCAGUGCACAUGGCAAGAGAUAAAAGGCAGAUGAAAAUUACAAGACAAAACAAUGCCAAUUUAACGGCAAUGAACACACAUGCAUUUUAAAAUGUCAUGAGCAACAAUGCCAGUGUAAACGACAAUACACGAAAAUGCCGAUAUAACGACAAUGGACUAAAAUGCCUGUAACAAGAGGAAAUGGCAAAAGUACCAGCAAAAUGUCAACGAAAAAAAAAUGCCGCUGAAAACAGCAAUGGACAACAUUUUGGCAAAAUUGGCAAUGGACAAACUGCUGAUUAAAAAUCUUGACUAAAAUACAUUGAAACGCGGCAAUAGCCAAAAACGCCGUUAUAAACGGCAAUGGACUAAAUGCUUGUGAAAGCAGCAAUGGACAAAAAUGCACUAGGAGAUGCCGGAUGAAUGGUAAUGGAUACAAUCCGGCGAAAUUCAAAAUUGACAAAAUGCUG